AUGGGGUCUUUGGAAGUCGCAUCUAGGCACAGAGACCCUUUGCCUGCAAUAGGGUUCUUAGGCAAAGACGGAUCGGCCUACACUCCACACCACACGACGAGCGCCGCGGCGUCGCCAACCUCGAUGAUGAGCCCGAACGCCAUGUACGGCCAAUCGUUACCGUACGCCUACGCGUCGAACAACGCUCCGCCCCCGGGUUACAUCUCCCCUACCGAGCCUCGUCGGGUCAUUGAAGACGAAAAGGACAAACCCAGACAAUCCCUGCCCUCCAUCCACGAGGCCCUGGGCAAUGACAACCCUCUCCCAUACCCGGCGCCCACCUCAGCGCCUCCUCCCCAAUCUUCACACACCCCUUCGUCGCAUCUGGGACGAUCAACCACAGAAGGUCCAGCAGGACCGCCGAACCCGUUCAAUGGACCCCCAGGGUCGAUGAUGCGGGAACCGGGCUUCUCGCAUGCCGCCCAGUUGGAAGCCUCGCGGGCCAGUCUCAACUCCAUCAACACACAAGAUUCGCGCACGUCACUACACUCCCUCAGCACGGGCAAAUCUCCCACCCAAAGCGCCAAAACCGGCCUGACCUCGGUGUCGGGGUCACAAAAUUCUGGAUAUGAAUACAGUGCGCCGACCUCGGCCGGCAGUGUGGCUUCACCGAGUGGAUACGGCCAUUUCCCUCCCAACUACACCUUUCAAUCUCAACCAGGCCCCUCAUACCCUCCUCAUUACGAUAAUCGAUCUUACAUGGCACCGCGGGUGGAAGAAGUCAAGGGUGGAUUCGUGGGCCGACCGAUGUCUGGUCCACCCCAUAGCGACUCCGUGAAGCGGCAUCUAGAUGUCUACGAUGUGGAGACAUCUUUGAAUGAGGUAUGGAUUGGCCCCUCCCCCUUCCUCCCCCUGGCAAGACUUGAUUCUUGUGGAUACGAAUGCCCAGAAAGCAUGGCAGUUUUGUGUCGAUUAAACGGUUUUUUUGCGAUUGUCGAAAUUAAUAACGGGACUAACAUUGUGGGACAGAUCACCGAUAUGAGCACACGAACUCUUGACUUUUCACGGCACUAUGCAGCCCGCGCACACCAAACACAGCGGUCUGGGCCCAUCAUUGGCUCCCUGCCUUCGCUCAAUGAAGUGGAGGACAUGCUCCAUAUGCAACGGCGGAACCAAGAUGCCCUGAUCCGGAUCCGAACGGCCGUGGUGAACCAGGAACAGGCGCUCGCCGAGCAACAGAUGGCUCAGCGGAAGGCGUUCAAGACCGAAGAUGAGCACAUGGCCAUGUACCAAGAAGAGUUCAAGGGCACUGGUGGAUUUGCCGGUGCAGACCCAAAGAAACGGCGUGGAAAGGCGGCCCCUCCUGGUCGUUGCCACAGCUGUAACCGAGCCGAAACACCGGAAUGGCGUCGGGGUCCAGAUGGUGCCCGAACGCUGUGUAACGCCUGCGGCUUGCACUACGCCAAGCUGACUCGCAAGAUGGGCGCGAACAAGGCGGCGAGUCUGGGUUCAAAUCUCAAGCCGAAGACGGCCCUGGACUCCGCCUCGCCAACCAGUCAUUAAGCUUCCUUUUCAUGUGGCGUUGAAAAAGGUGGGAAAUAGAAGGCACAG